AACACCAAAGCAGACAAAUGUUUUGAAGCAAACAGGGACUAAACAAUGAUUCUACAUCGAGACUCCAAAUGCUCGUCGCCGGCGUUGACACCGGAAGCUGAUGUUGAUAUAGAAGUUGGAAACCUUGAGAGGGGCCUAUGGGCGAACAAACUGCAGUUCUUUCUCGCAAUUUGUGGCUACAGUAUCGGAAUUGGAAGUGUUUGGAGGUUUCCGAUUACAUGCAGUCGCAAUGGUGGCGGGGCUUUCCUGAUCCCAUUUUUCUUCUUCCUGAUCACAGCCGGUGGACCCCUUUACUACCUCGAAGUUUGCUUGGGGCAAUUCACAGGAAAGAGUGCAGGACUAGCAUUCGAAUGUUGUCCAUUGCUAAAAGAUCUGGGAGUGUUGCAAGUAAUGCCCCUCGUUGACGGUGUGGUGAUAGUAAACCAAACCAAAAGUAGAAGUUGUAAUGGUAGUGGUAGUAGUAGUAGUAGUAGUAGUAGAAGUAGUAGUAGUAGUAGUAGUAGUAGUAGUAGUAGUAGUAGUAGUAGUAGUAGUAGUAGUAGUAGUAGUAGUAGUAGUAGUAGUAGUAGUGGUAGUGGUAGUGGUAGAAAUAGUUGUAGUAGUAGUGCUAGUGGUAGUGGUGGUGGUAGUAGUAGUAGUAGUAGAAGUAGUAGUAGUAGUAGUAUUAGUAGUAGUAGUAGUAGUAGUAGUAGUAGUAGUAGUAGUAGUAGUAGUAGUAGUAGUAGUAGUAGUAGUGGUAGUGGUAGUGGUAGUGGUAGAAAUAGUUGUAGUAGUAGUGCUAGUGGUAGUGGUGGUGGUAGUAGUAGUAGUAGUAGUAGUAGUGGUAGUGGUGGUGGUAGUGGUAGUAGUAGUAGUAUUUGUAGUGGUAGUGGUAGUGGUAGUGGUUGUAGUAGUAGUAGUAGUAGUAGUAGUAGUAGUAGUAGUAGUAGUAGUAGUAGUAUUUGUAGUGGUAGUGGUAGUGGUAGUGGUUGUAGUAGUAGUAGUAGUAGUAGUAGUAGUAGUAGUAGUAGUAGUAGUAGUAGUAGUAGUAGUAGAAGUAGUAGUGGUAUUAGUAGAGCUAGUGGUAGUGGUAGUAUUCAAUGCAAUUGGUCGGUCAUCUGGAUUUGA